AUGCAAAAAUUCGCCUCCGCAGAUGGACCUCGAGAAGUUAAUAACCAUCAGGGUAACCAUGCUGUUUGGCUACAGUAUGUGGAGAGGGUCCGUACAUGGAGCACCAUACUGGGACUAAUGCCCGAGGCAGAAACGACCCUUGACAGAAUUCAGGUGGCAAUUCUGGUUCAAACGUUCUUUGCUGAAGCGGGAUUAUUUGUGUUAUGCAGAGCGAUUGUAGACCAGCGCAGGCCGAGUGAAAUUAUCGAGACACCUACCAACGCCUGGAGUGUGUGGAUCGAUCCAUCGCUAUACAGUCAGUGGAGUGCAUAG